GCCCUUAAUAUGUGUUCUGUAUGGAUAAAGUAUUCAUUGGUGUUGACGAAAUAGAUAUGUACGAAUUAUUCAGGAUUACAAGCAUGACACGAAAGAAAGAUACGGAGAAAGAUGGCAACUGACAUCGUACGAUUGCUGGGUACUCUGUCCUUAUCUGAUGAGCCAAUUGAAAAACUGGAAGAGUUAAAGACAGUGUUAUUUGCUGUUCAUCCUUCCGUUCUCGAAAACCAUAUUGGCAAUCUUUCAUUUCAGCAGCUGUUCACAUUUUUGGAAACAGAAAAUGGGAAUCAGUUGGAGUUGUGUUGUGACAUUCUCGCUCGUCUACUGACAGCCCUCGGUCCAUCAGGAGUGCUUCGUAACUUCUACGCAGAACUCUCCAAUGGCCUCUCCCACAAAGCUACAUGUGUUCAAUGUCUCUGUCUUCAGCAGUUACAACUGGUUGGAGAGGACACCCAGGCUUUGGAGGAAUUGGUGAGGCAGGAUGACAUUUUACAUCAGAUCAUACGACUUAUCGGCUCUGAAAGCCUAGAUGUCUCUUCAAAAGCCAACAUGGUCAUCUCUUGUCUAGGUCAGAACUCCACUGGUUUAAGUGCACUUUUCACUACCACACUGCUUCAGACACUGCAGCAGGUGAUGGACCGCAAUGAGACUGUCCGCUUCAGAGUGUAUGAGCUCCUCGUCAAGAUAUGUCGGGUAUCUGUGGUGGCCCUUGAAUACACACACCAAAGUGGCAUGCUCCAACAGCUGCUGAACGAGGUACAUAAGGAUGACAUCUUACUCCAACUCAACUGUAUAGAGCUGUUAUCUGACCUAGCCAUGUCCGAGCACUGCCUGGUCUUCCUUGAUCAGCAAGGGAUUAUCAGCAAACUGGAUGAAAUGAUAGCCUCUGUUGAGUCAGACCCAAUGGCUGGCCUUCUACUGCCAGGUCUUAUUAAAUUUUUCGGCGGCAUGGCUAGGUUCCAUCCAAAGGAAGUUUGUUCAGAAAAAAGUUUAUUUAUGAACACUGUUCUGGACAACACCAGAAACCCAGCCAUGACCAGUAUGGCUAUUCAGACAUUGGGCUUCAUUGGCAGUACACCUGAGGGCAAAGUGGCCCUCGACAAAUGGGAUGGUAAGCUGUUGUCCUCUGUGUCUGAUAUUGGGGCUGUGAUUAAGAGUGGUACAACAGAACUGAAGAUCAAUGCUUUACAAGCAGCAGAACGACUGUUGACUCUGAGGGUUGAAGACCAAACGACAGAAUUACUGAUGCUGACAGAGAAGUGGUUUAAACAUCUUGGUCAUGAGCCUCUAAGAGCCUUACUUGAAAUUGUCCAGCAACCCUUUACAGAUCUCCGCUGUGCAGCCUACCAGGUUUUCACUGCCAUGGCAUCACAACAGUGGGCACAAGAGUGCAUGAUCAAGUUUCCAGGACUAACAGAGUUCCUUUUGGACAGACUGACUGAGGCUACAAAGGAGGGCAAGGAUGCCAAAUAUGAACUUAUCAAAACGCUUGCGGAGUCUCCAUUUGCUGCCAACAGUUUUGGAAACCCGUUUUAUGUGAAAUUAAAGGCCUAUUGUGUUCAAGGACCAUACUUUUUACGAGCGCAUGCUGAAGUUGCAAUGGAGGGAGAAUAGUUUUUUCUGUAUUCUUCAUGUUAAGUCAUAAUUAACUGAUGUAACCUGGUUAGUCUAGGUAUAUUCAUGCAUGAACUACACAAGUAACGACAGAAUUCUUCACUAAUCAUUUCCACAUUCAUUCAUUUACAAGAUAAAUUCAUUCUAUUACUGCAGACAUACUGAUUUUUGUUUUUAUUUAAGCAUUUCAACUCUGUCAGUCUUAUACAAUAAUUGAUCCUGCUCCACCACUAUGAAGCCAAGGAUUAUGAUGUUUGGGCAGUUGCAAGCUGAGAUGAAUGAGAACUUUGUUCAAAUGAAUGACCUUGAUACUUUUUAAGAUCAUUCAAAAAAGCAGCUUUCAUUUCCAAAACUAUAAUUGAAUGGAAUAUACUCCCACCAAAUAUUGUCUCUUGUCCCACCACAGAUUCAUUCAUAAACCAUCUACCACCAUUACUCAAGCACCAAUUAAAUCAUAUUAUUUUAUCUAUUUUUUCCCUUUAUUGAAAAAAAAAAUGUUCUCUUUUUCAAGAAAAAGAUCGUUUUUCUUUAGAAAAUGAUCGUUUUCACAGCGUAAUUUUUUUUUUAUGGUGAAAAGUAGGGGGUGGGCUUAUUCCUGAAUAUUGGCGUAUGCAGAGAAAAUGUGAAAAUAGGGGGGUGGGCUUAUCCCUGAGCAUGGGCUUAUUUUUCCAUCUUACUCCUAUCUGGCAUUUCCCCUUAAGAUUGUUGAAAUUAGUCAGUACCAUGUGGUAGUAGAAGUAAGUCACAGAAACUAAAUGUGCUCAAAUCUUCAAAAUGUUUUAUUUAUGGUUCAUUUGGUAUUAGACAUGUUAUAAUUACUGAAAAGAAAUGUUUAUGAAUUUUAGUUACAUAUUCAUGACCUAAUUCAGCUUUGAAAUUCUUAUUAAUUAAAUCUUCUCUUCAUAAGCUGCAGAACAGGCGAGCAAUAAGUGCCUAUUGGAACUCUUGUUAUAGUGCUUACUAUGAAUAAAUCAAUUCAAUUAA